CCUACAGGCCGCGCAGCCGCCAUUGCUCCCCCGCCAGCGUAGCGGCCUGUUAGAAGACUGCGGCAGCAGAAAGAAGGCACCCACCCUGGAGCCAUGGUCCACGCUUUCCUCAUCCACACCUUGAGGGCCCCACAGGCAGAGGAUUCGGGCCUUUGCCGAGUGCUCUACUCCUGUGUCUUCGGUGCCGAGAAUUCACCUGAUGACCCACGACCACACGGUGCUGAGAGGGACAGGCUCCUCCGCAAGGAGCAGAUUUUGGCCGUGGCCAGGCAGGUGGAGUCCAUGUGCCGGCUGCAGCAGCAGGCGUCCGGCAGGCCUCCCACGGACCUGCAGCCCCAGCCCUCAGAUGAGCCGAUGCCCCUGCACGAGGCCCCACGAGGGGCCUUCCGCCUGGAAGCAGGGGACCCUUUCCGGGAGCCUCGGACAGUGGUGUGGCUGGGAGUGCUCUCCUUAGGCUUCGCCCUGGUGCUGGAUGCCCACGAGAACCUGCUGCUGGCAGAGAACACACUUCGGCUGCUGGCACGCCUUCUCCUCGACCACCUCCGGCUGCUGACCCCUGGCACCAAUCUCCUGCUGCGGGCUGACCGAAUCGAGGGCAUCCUCACCCGCUUCCUGCCCCAUGGUCAGCUGCUCUUCCUCAAUGACCAGUUUGUCCAGAGUCUGGAGAAGGAAUUCAGUGCUGCCUUGCCCCGCUGACCCCUCACUGAAUGGGACUUUGCGAGAGGGCAUUGAGGAAGGACAAGGAUGUUGAGACACACAACCUGUUAAAACUUGGCAUCUACCUCCUACCCAGCCUGCUCCCAGCUCUGGUGUGCUGCCACACCCAGGACAAGUGGAUGGGACAAGCUGGCAGAAAAGGGGGCAGGGCAGAAGGUCGAGGGGAAGAAGCACAGAACAUUCUGUUCCUGGAGGUGCCUCAUGACUUAUUCAGACUGCUACCAAGGUCAGCCCCUCUUGUCCUUGACUCCACUUUCUCCCAUCCCCACCCGCCAGUCCUCUACAGUGCACCAGCUCCAAGUGCUGGGGUGGUGAGGAUCAGCGGCCUGGAACUCGGCCCAUGUUCUUUUCCCAAACCCACAAUAUGUCAUCACAAUACAAAGGAGUCUGAGCCUCAGCUCCACCACACUUCACAAAUAUGUCAGUCAUUGAGGGGGACUCUGUAGGUCCUUUUGGGCUCAGUCCCUGCUCGCCAAGCAGCCUCAAGAUAAUCACGGGCUUCCCUCGUCUGCAGGGAGAGAAGGUGCCAUCAGGUGGGUACAAGAAAUCUGGCCUGGAUGAUGUUAUCUUCCUCAUUUUGAAUUAAAAGCACCAACUAUAUGAUUUUGUCACUGACCCCUGUGCGUCAGGGACCCAAGAUCGUGGUGGUUCUGCUCAGUGUUGCUUGCGCCAAUAAAAUGAAACUGUUCUGUAAAGUAGA